AUAAUCUCAAAACGCGCCAUGCCGCCGCCGCCGCUACCGGCCGGCAAGAGUCUUCUGGCCGAUUGGAAGUCGCCGGUAAUCGGCGGCGACCACCACCACCACUGUCGUUUACGCAGUAGAAGAACCGCUUCACAAGUUGUAGUCUCGUCUCUCCCCCAACGUCCUCUCAGAUACGCCGUGCUCGGUGCUGGCUUUGCUGGUCUCUCAGUUGCUUGGCAUUUGUUGAAAGAGAGUGCUAAGGAGUUGGAUGUAUACAUUGAUAUAUAUGAUGAGAUUGGCAUUGGAGGUGGUGCUUCUGGAGUAUCUGGAGGACUCCUUCAUCCUUAUUCUCCUAAAGCUAAGCUUCUUUGGCGGGGUGCUGAAUGUUGGAAAGAAAGUUUAAAGCUUUUAAGCAUUGCAGAAGCAGCAAUUUGUUCAGGAGAAUCGAAUUCUGAAAUGGUGGAAUCUGGUCCAAAUUUGGGUGAAUUUGUAGUAAGGAGAAGGGGCAUAUUGAGGCCUGCAACCAAUACGAAGACCUUGACUACAUUGAAUGAUAAUGCUCAGAACUGCCUUUCCAGUUGCAGAAUCGAGACUAUUGGUAAGGAUGCUGCCCGAAGUCUUGUUCCAAAUUUAUGUGUUCCUUUGAACGCUGCCUUUUAUAUGCCUGAUGCUGUCAAUGUUCAUCCUCAGCGCUAUCUUCAGGGGCUCUUCUUAGCAUGUAAAAAUCUAGUGAAGGAAUUGUCUACUUCUGGUUUUGGAAGGAAAGAGUUGUAUCUUCAUAAAAAAUCUAUCAGUAAUCUCCUUGAAUUAGAAGGGGAAUAUGAUGCGGUGAUCAUAUGCAUGGGUGCCAAAGCAGACAUACUUCCAGAGCUCUCUGGGAAGCUUCCUUUGAGAACAUGCCGAGGAGUCAUUGCUUGCCUACAACCAUCUGAUGGUAUAGGGCAAGAUUAUCCAGAUGAUGGCCCAUCAAUAUUGUCAGAUGCAUGGCUAGCUGUCCAGGGGCCUCGCAGUGUAUAUAUGGGCUCAACAUGGGAAUGGAAAUCAAGAAAUUCGUCACCAAAUGUCUCAGCGGAUGAAGCUUCGCAAGCCUUAGAAGAGCUUCUGCCGAAGGCAUCGUCCAUAUAUCCAGGCAUAAAGAAUUGGUCUUUCACUGGAGCUAGGGCAGGUUUGAGAGCAAUGCCACCACUUACAGCCAACGGAUCACUUCCACUUCUGGGUUGCAUUGAAGACCUUAUUGGUAAAACUCAGACCUCUAAAUUCUGGCUAUUUGGAGGACUUGGUUCAAGAGGUUUAUUGUACCAUGCUUGGCUUGGAAAAUUAAUGGCACAGGCUGUGCUUUCUUCUAAUGAACAUAUAAUCCCAGCUGAACUAACUGCAUGGAAGAAUAUAAAUCAAUAGUCAACUAGAAUCUCAAA